CGGUAUUUCAACAAAUCUAAGCAAGUCGAUCUUGCCUUUUUUUUUCUUCUUCUUUCUUCCUAUUAAUAAGCAAACUAUGUCUGAAAUAAACCUCGCUGGUAUCAAGAACAUAGUACUCGUUCUUUCUGGUAAAGGUGGUGUAGGAAAGUCCUCUGUCACAACCCAACUUGCACUUGCUUUAGUUCACCAAGGCAAGAAAGUAGGUGUACUUGAUAUUGACCUUACUGGGCCCAGUAUUCCUCGUAUGUUGGGUUUGGACGGAAAACAAGUUCACCAGGCCUCUCAAGGUUGGGUUCCAGUGUAUGCUGAUGAAAAUAAACAACUGUCAUGUAUGUCGAUUGGAUUCUUGCUUUCUAACAAAAAUGAUUCGGUUGUCUGGAGAGGGCCUAAGAAGAAUGCAAUGAUCAAGCAAUUCUUGCAAGAUGUGUAUUGGGGAGAAUUAGAUUAUCUAUUGAUCGAUACACCACCUGGCACUUCUGAUGAACAUAUUGGAAUCGUUGAGUACCUUCGAGAUUUCAAUCCUGAUGGUGCUGUGAUUGUUACUACGCCACAAGGUGUGGCUAUUGCUGAUGUACGUAAAGAGCUCUCAUUUUGUAAAAAAGUUAAGUUACCCAUCUUGGGUGUUGUCGAGAAUAUGAGUGGAUUCGUGUGUCCUCAUUGUGCUGUAAGUGAUAAGUUUACUAUCAAUAGCUUAUGUUAUUUAUUAGGAAUGCACAAAUAUCUUUUCUUCUGGUGGUGGUGAAUCAAUGGCAAAGGAAUAUGGAAUUGAUUUCUUUGGCAGAGUGCCUAUUGAUCCUGGUUUUACAAGCAUGGUGGAUGCAGAAGGAGAAGGAUCCUAUGUGAACAUGUUUGAAAAAUCAAACUUAUUCCCUAUAUUUCAACAAAUAUGUCAUAAAGUAGUAGAAAAAGUAGAGUCGAGUAAACAUUAAAAUUAUUUAUUU